CGGGUCAGUGACGGUACAGGAGGACAAGUGGGCGGACCGGCGAGACGAAACUUCACAGAAACAACAGCGGAUAACAGCUACUAUUGACCGGCGUCGGUGUUUGUGAAGACAGGCUCACUGUGUUUGCUCACAGACGCGCCGGGGAAUGCGGCGGUGGCUCGCCCGGUGAAAGGAAUAACGUUAAGCGGGAGAACGGAGAGGGAGGUGAGGCGAAGGCAUUGUUUUUGUGAAGAAGAGAACCGGGAGGACAGUGACCAGUAAGCAGACUCAGCCACAGGUUGGCCCCACGCUAGCUGUCGUGGCAGAAGAUACCAAAGUGCAGGCGGGUCAUGCGGAUUUCUCCGGUCGCUGAUCGGAGCGCCGCGUCGCAGCAAUAAACCGUGAGGAGAGAGAGAAGAAGAAGCAGAACACGGGAGAACACAGAAGAACACAGAAGAACCAGAGCGCUCCUCGGCCGCUCCUUCUGUCCGUCACAGAGGGCUCCCUGGUCGGAGAGAAGAGCCACCAUGUCCCGGAGGAAGCAGAGCAAACCCCGGCAGAUCAAGCGUUCUCUCGGGGAUCUCGGCGGCGAGGACGAUAAUGCGCCGGACAACCUCAGCCUAUCAGGAGAGGAGGGCGGAGCCUCGGACCCUGAUGACUCAGCAGAGGGGGACAGCUCCAGCCCCCCGCCGUACACGUCGCUGUACAAUGAAGAGCCCAGGACGCAGGACUUAGGAGGAGGCCCCGACGAUAAAGACGAGGACGGGGAGGAGCCAGGCCCGACACACAGCGGCGGGGAGGAGGAGGAGGACGAGGAGGAAGAGCUGGAGGCGUCGCAGUGGAGGGGUCCAGAUGAUCUGGAGUUCAGUGAAGAGGGCGCGGACCGCAGGGUGGUAGCUGGCCGGGACCUCCAUCCAGACACAACUUGGGGCCCCUACCCAGGAAUCCUCCAAUCAGAGGGCAGCACAGAGGAUCAGGAGACAGAGGUAAGAGCUGUGAUGGUUACUGAGAGGGAGGAAUUACUGUUCAUAGAUUCUUAUAUUACAGACGAGCUCCUGAAUUAACAUGAUACACAUCAUUCUAAAGCAACACCUGUGUGUGAUCAAAAAAAACAUUGUCAAAUAAAAAGAGUUUGAAUUAUGAUCUUAAAUUCUCAGUAAUUUUUUACUUUUUUCCAAUGAAAGUAAUUCAAAGUAAUGAGGCUACAAGUCAUUGUUGAACUUCUGAAUUUGAGAUGUUUUUCUGAUUUUGGUGCCAGUCAGACAUGAAAUCCACAAGAAGAAUACAAAUAUCCUAAAGUCAUUGAUAUGAUCCUGCAUUAUGAAUCCAGUACGUGUUGAGUUGACAUUAAUACAAGCUUGAAGUUCAGUGCAGAAGUCUCAUUAUUAACAGUUGAUACAAUACAUUAGAAUAAUGUUAAACAAUGUAAUAAUUGAUUAGACAAUAAAUUGGUCAGAAUUGUGACACUUUAAUAUUCGCCGAAGUCAUUUAUAACAUAUAAACAAUGAGCCUUCUCAACUAGUCGAGUUUCAGAAAAUGAAUCAACAACAAUAUUGUCAUUUAUUAAGCAAAAUGUCAAACCUCUGAUUCCAGCUGAAGUGUGAUGAAUUUCUGCUUUUAAAUCAUUGUAAUGUAACAUCUGUUGACCAGAGAGGGAAGCCUUGGCUCCUGGGAGGUUAUUGGUAUUUCCACAUUUGUCUUAGAUUUGAUAGAGUAAACUAAAUGUGAUUGACCAAAAAUAGUUGUCAAAUGACAUAUCAUUCUAAUAAUGAACAUGUUUCUUUAGCCUUAUUUUUGACUCUUCUAUAUUGUUAUAGAAUGAAUACUAAAUAUAUGAGUAUUUGAUAGUGAAAAUAUGUGAAACUUGUUUCUUAUUAUUUAUUACAUGCAGCCCUAAAGUAAGACACCAAUGCAUGCUUUAAAUAAUGUAUCUAUUAAUACACAUCUGGCAUAUAUUGUAAAUGUUGUUGAACUGCAUCAGCUGAAGAGAGACCUCCAGCUAGCGUAAGUCAAAUGGACAGGUCAGGGGUCAGGGGUCAAGAGAGACAAUGAAUAAACACCUUAUCACCUAUGUGUGUGAUAGUAGAUGAAAAUGAACAGCUGUGUGUGUGCCUGUGUGUGUUUGUCUGUGUUGGUUGGGAACAGUGUGUGGGACCGGAUGGAGCCCUAUCAGAGACUGGGUUUGUGCAUCAUGUGCAAGUCCAUCUAAUCAUAUGAUACUGAUGCUGGGAGAGGCUUCCUGGCAUGGAGCACAGAUUCGGACAAACACACGCACACACGCGCGCACACACACACACACACACACACACACACACACACACAUGCAGGGACAUUCAUGCCCAUCAUGAUCGCUUCCUAUUUGUUAUUGAUCUGCCGUGCUAUAACUCGCUUGCUUGUUGCAUCUCCAGUUGUUUUCAGUUUUUUGGCUCCAAAUGUCAAAUGUUGGUCCAGCUCAUCCCAGUUUAACUCCACUUCAGGGUUUGAACCAGAUGGAGUUUAUAACACACACCUACCCCAUCAGACUCCUCUCCUCUCCUCCUCCAC